AUGCCGUCGGUCACCGGAGCCUACGAAGUUCUCUUGGACCUGACGAAUGAUACUCGCGAUUUCGUGUCUGUGCAGCUGCUGCGGGACUAUGGUCGGAAUACUGCGUCAGCCGUCGUGCUUGGUCCAGGGGAGACAAUUACCCUUGUGCUCGAUGCGGGUUCAAUAUACUCGUAUGCAGUGAAGACGCAUACCAAAGUCGCGAAUAUAACAGCACGCACUUGGCGCGACACACGAUGCAACGUAUCCAGGCUUUUCACCUCCCCAAGCUGCCACCCUGCGAACCCUGCGCCAGCUUCACCCACGCAGGGAAUCACUGUGGACCGUUUAUGGCGGGACUUCAGAUUUUGCGUUGCGAAUGAAGCAUAA